AUGUCUGAGCGACCUACUUUAGUGAAUGGUUACCUAGGACCACAGCCUCUCUUCAGCCAGCUGGGAUUGUCCACUAAGAGUCACCAUGAAGCCGAAUUUGAAACUCCAGAAAAUGAAUUUGUGAUCAAAAUGAGAGCAACAAAGCCGGUCAAGAUCACAAGUAAAGUUGUCAGUGAGGCUACCGGCGGAGAAUCUUUGGAGCGGGUGUUUAUCCAGACUCGUGGUGAAGAUGUCAACUUGCUGGUCAGUCUGGAUAAACCUGGGUAUCAUAGACUGCAAGUUUACGCGCUGCCGGCUUCAGAUGAUAACAAGCAGCUUCCUGGGGUUUUCAACUAUCUGAUAAACUGUAAGAGCACACCUAGGAAGUCUCGACUAUUUCCGAAGCAGUUCGCUCAGUGGAAGGACGGGUGCAUACUACUGGAGCCCUUUUCUUUGGCUGGUGAUUCUGUAAAAGGAGAUGUUACGUUCAGGGUUGUGAUUCCCAAAGCUCACGCAGUGGCGGUCACGAUCGGUGAUGACUGGACUCACCUAGAACCUAAGGAAAACAGCAUCUGGACGGGUCGAGUCACUAACAUAGAAAAAUACAAGGGAAAAGGACUUAACGCUGUGCUGAAUGCUAACUUUAACGAAGCAGACGAGACAAUAUAUUCAUCGCUACUUCAAUAUACUCUUUGA